UGUAUCAGUUACAAGACAGCUUGAAUGGCCUAAUCUUGCCGGGCUGUCGCAAGAAUUCUGAGAAGCGCCGGUAGCCAGGCACUGAAGGACUAAGGGUCACGGUCUAUGUAAACGUGUGCAUGUAAUAUGACAUGGAUGUUGAGACGCUGAGUUAUGUGGACCCAUGUGUGGACUCAUGGCCUAAAAUCAGUAAAGAGUGUUAGAAAACAGGUGUUGACUUGGUUGAUUUGAUUUGGGGAUUACCGUGCCCAGAGAUGCAUCUGGAGUGGAACAGCGCCUGAGGCCACAUCCAUUAUGCUGUCCUGCCAAUCAGCAAAGUGGACAAUGCUGACAUCAGAGGUUAACGAGUCGGAUUCAGAGUCCGAGUAUCAGGCAGUGUCGCUGCCCAUUUCUACGGUGAUGCCCCUUGUGGUGCCCGUCACAGGGGAGUCAUUUUGCCAAUGCCCCAACCAGACUGAGGUCAGCUGUGACCCUUCCGCUGGAGUCACCAUCCUGGCUGACUGUGCGUGUGGAGAGGAGGAUCAGACUUGUGACUGGGUGUGGGAUGACACUUGUAAGUCGUCCUCCACGUACCUGAGCUGUUCCGACCGGAAAGUGAGUUUCCACUCGGAGUACAGUUGUGGAACGGCCGCCAUCCGUGGAACCAAAGAACUUGCAGAUGGACAGCACUUCUGGGAGAUCAAGAUGACGUCACCAGUCUACGGAACUGAUAUGAUGGUUGGUGUCGGGACGUCGGAGGUGAAUCUUGACCAGUUCAGGCACAGCUUCUGCAGUCUGCUGGGCACUGACGGAGACAGUUGGGGUCUUUCUUACACAGGUCUCCUGCACCAUAAGGGAUCGAAGGUGAGCUUCUCACCACGGUUCGGGCAGGGUUCUAUCAUUGGGGUUCACCUGGACAGCUGGCAUGGAACCCUGACCUUUUACAAGAACCGUAGAUGCAUUGGUGUGGCAGCGCGUCAGCUGCAGAACAAGCGGCUCUACCCGAUGGUCUGCUCCACGGCGGCCAAGAGCAGCAUGAAGAUGAUCCGCUCGAGCUCGGUGCCCACCUCGCUGCAGUACCUAUGCUGUGCCCGCCUGCGCCAGGUCAUGCCACCCUCGGCCGACACCCUGAGCGUGCUGCCGCUGCCGCCGGGCCUGCGCAAGCUACUGCAAACUCAGCUGGGCUGGGUGCUCAGCCUGGACAGCUCCAGCGGCGACGACGACAGCGACUCGGACACCAACCAGCUGGACGACAGCGACUACUGCUCCAGCUCGGACUCUUACGACGACAGCCCCGGCCCCAAGGUGGACUUGCGCCGCCCGCUGGCUGCCCCCGGCCCUGGGGCCGAGGCGACGGACCCAGUGCUGUGUCCCUCCUGCCUACCCUCGUACCCCAUGAUGCCCGACUACAGCGGCGCCCAAGCUGAGGCUGCCACGUCCGACAGCGACACCGACAGCUGUGCCUCCGACCCCGAGACUUGCCAGAGAAAGCGCUGCAGGUGGACGUGAGGCCUGGUCACUUCCCAAGCACCCAGACACAUAUUCUACAUACACCUCUUAUUCCCCCUUGCAAACUCUCCUUUCAAAUGUAUGGCACAUGUCCCCCAGCCUUCUGUCCACUCCCUGCCAUCCGUCCACCAUUUGGACACAUAUAAGUAGCUUCUGAUUGAACAGACUGACUUUGACUGAUUGUAACCAUUUUCUAAAAGACACUUUAACUUUUUCAGUGUUUUUUUGAUUAUUUUACACCUCUGAGAGAAGAAAGAUUGUGAAUGUGUGGGUAUGUGUGUGUUUUUCAUUAUGUGAAGGUUUCUGCAUAUUUUAUAGGGGCUCCGGUAAUUGAGAGAGUAUCCAGACAUUUUUGUUAUUGCUGAAGGUAAUAUGUGCAUUCAUGCAUGCAAGAAACUAAAGACUAAUCUCAUCAAUGAAUUAGUGGACUAAUUGAAUAGGUAGCUCAGCCUACUCAGGUAUCACUCUGGCAAUUCCUCCUUCAUUUCUUCCCUUUUCAGGAGCCAAUGUCACCAUCAAUGUGGCAAAAUCUUCAUAGGCACGGAGUAAAAUGUUGAAGUUAAUUGUAUAACCCUUUGUAAUGGUCAAUACCUUAAAAUGAAGAAAUAGAACAUCUAACUUAUUUGCACCUUGUAAGGCUUUAGCCAACCAGUGUUCUACAAUUAUGCUACGCAUCCCCAACGCAAAAAACUCAGACUUGUUAUACCCUCCAUUAAUGUCUGUCCCUUCAACAGGCCACAACUGGUCAAGUCAUACACAAAAAGAGCCUCGUGCAGGGAGGAUUUUCUCACCAUUUCAUCCUUAACAGGAAAAUGUCAGAAGAUGUCAAGAGGCAGCAAAUUUAUUAUAAGUCUUAAAUCAGUCUCUCACCCUAGCACUUCUAAUCUUAGUGUCUUUUAAUCUGCUGUUUGAAUUUAUCUUCUGAGGCCAAAUAGUUUUUUUUAACCAUUGUUGGUAGGUGACAAAUUAGUUUUCACCCAAGUUUGUAAAAGCUUUCUGCAAAUAUCUCUUUGUUUUGACAGGCUUGUAAUUGUUUGUGUUUGGGUGAUUUAAUCUUGUUUAGGCAAACAUUUACAGAACUUUUGUACUUUGUACUUUGCAUGUUUUUCUAAAUGAAAAUGAAGAAAAUAAACAGGUUUGAAAAGAA